UACCACAACACUGCUGAAGAAAAGCCAACUCUGCUGUCAGUGACUCAGUGAUCCGCUACUCGGCACGGAGUUGUUUGGUGUGUCCUUUGGUCUCCUUCCCUCGCGAUGUCGUCUUCACUGGAUCAACUAGAAAACCAGCUUGAAACAUUUAUAGAAAAUGUGCGACAAAUAGGCAUAUUUGUCAGCGAUUUCCAACCACAGGGACAGCAAGUGCUCAACCAGAAGCUGCAAAACUUGAUAACCAAUAUGCAGGACAUAGACAAGCUCCGCAAUGCUGUGCAAGAAGUCCAUGUCCCACUGGAAGUUUUUGAGUAUAUUGAUGGAGGAAGAAACCCACAACUCUACACCAAGGACUGCAUGGAGAAAGCCCUUACCAAAAAUGAACAGGUUAAUGGAAGAAUUGAUGCUUACAAGAGAUUCAAGGCAAUGCUGUUGGUGGAGCUGUCCCAUGUGUUCCCCAAUGAAAUGACACGUUACCGUGCAGUUCGGGAGGAACUCAGCUGAUGGGUGUCUUUGGAGUCUCAUAGCAAUGGACCUGUUAUCCUAUUGCUAUGUGCUGCAGUACCUAAGUCUGAACUUCCGUAUUACAUAGCUAUCGAUAAAAUUUAAAAUGUCUAAAAGUUU